CUUAAUCUUUCUCCUGAAGUAACCAACUUAAAGGUUUAUGCUACUUAGUUAUAUCAUUAUAUAAACCACUUCAUUUUCUCUCAUUUUCAUUACUCAUUCAAUACAAAAAAACCUCUUACAAACAAAGUUAAUUGACUGCCUAGGCAACAAUCUUUUUGACAAAUAAAAAAAAAAAAAAAAAAAAAAAAAAAAAAAAAAGAAACGAUAUGGGGUUUAUUUGCUCUUUUCAUUCAUCAGCUUGUUUAUACACUAUACUAUUCCUAUUAGUGUGUGCAUCCUGGCUUGGCCCUCAACUUGCUCUUGCUAAGCAUCGAGGCAUAACUAGACGUUACAAGUUUGAGGUAAGGAUGCAAAAUGUGACAAGGCUAUGCCAAACAAAGAGCAUAGUAACUAUAAACGGACAAUUCCCUGGGCCUAGAAUUAUUGCAAGGGAAGGUGACAGCCUUGAAAUUAAGGUUGUUAAUCAUGUCAAAUACAACGUUACUAUUCAUUGGCAUGGAAUUCGACAGCUAAGGAGCGGAUGGGCUGAUGGUCCAGCAUACAUCACACAAUGCCCAAUUCAACCUGGACAAAGCUAUGUUUACAAGUACACAAUCAAAGGACAAAGAGGAACCUUAUUUUGGCAUGCUCACAUUUCAUGGCUUAGGGCUACCCUUUAUGGUCCUCUUGUCAUUUUACCAAAACGUGGCGUUCCAUAUCCAUUUCCUCACCCCUUUAAGGAAGUUCCCAUCGUUUUCGGGGAAUGGUGGAAAGCAGACACAGAGGCAGUGAUAAACCAAGCAAUGAAAACAGGAUCAGCCCCUAAUCUUUCAGAUGCCUUUACCAUCAAUGGUCUUCCUGGUCCCUUAUACAGUUGCUCAGUUAAAGAUACAUUCAAGCUCAAGGUGAAGCCAGGCAAGACUUACCUUCUUCGCCUUGUCAAUGCUGCACUCAACAACGAGCUCUUUUUUAGCAUCGCCAACCAUACACUCACAGUUGUCGAAGCAGAUGCCAUUUAUACCAAGCCCUUUAAGGCCAACACCAUCCUGAUCACCCCUGGACAAACUACAAAUGUCUUACUUAGAGCGAAAAGGCAUCAUCCUAAUGCCUUGUUCCUUAUGGCAGCCCGGCCUUAUGCCACUGGACCUGCAACUUUUGACAAUACAACUACCGCCGCCAUCCUUGAGUAUGCUCAUCAUGAUCCUUCUCGUAAGCCUAAAGCCACUAAACUUCCUCUAAUCAAACCUAAGCUUCCAUUCUUCAAUGACACAUCAUUUGCAGCGAAAUUUACAAACAAAUUGAGAAGUCUUGCAAACUCUAAGUUCCCAGCAAAUGUUCCGAAAAAGAUUGACAGACAUUUCUUCUUCACUGUUGGCCUUGGAUUACUCCCCUGCUCUAAGAACCAAAACUGCUCAGGGCCUAACAACACCAUGGUAGGCGCGGCAAUCAACAACAUCUCUUUUGUACAACCUAAGACUGCUUUACUUCAGGCUCAUUUCUUAAGACAGUCAAAUGGGGUGUAUACCUCUAAUUUCCCAACAAAGCCACCCACUCGAUUUAAUUACACCGGUACUCCUCCAACCAAUAUUAUGCUAAACAAAGGGACUAGAUUGAUGUCCUUACCAUACAAUACAAAUGUCGAGCUACUGUUGCAGGACACCAGCAUUAUUGGGGCUGAGAGUCACCCUCUUCACCUACAUGGCUUCAACUUCUUCGUCGUUGGUCAAGGAUUUGGCAACUUUGAUUCCAAGAAAGAUCCUGCAAAGUUUAAUCUCGUUGAUCCUAUUGAAAGAAAUACAGUUGGUGUACCUUCUGGUGGUUGGGUUGCUAUCAGAUUUCGGGCAGAUAAUCCAGGGGUGUGGUUUAUGCAUUGUCACUUGGAAGUACACACGAGUUGGGGAUUGAAGAUGGCAUGGAUUGUUCAAGAUGGAAAGAAGAAGCACCAAAAAUUGCCACCUCCACCAGCUGAUCUUCCAAAAUGUUGAACAUUAAUUGUCUAGUUUCUUUUAAAGUUUUUGUAGGCCAAAAAAAAUAGUAGUAGUUUCAUUUUGUUAUUUCCUCAUUUGAUUGCAUUCUUUUAAUGCCUAAAAGCACCACAAUUAUGAAUUUACAGUACUACUCCGUAGUAAAGAUCAUUGUAAAUUUCAUGUUCUUUUUUAAUAGAAAUUUCGUGUAUUAUUAUAGAUAAAUUAGAUUACACUUUACAGUGUGAAUGUGUGAUAAGAUUCAAACAUACAAUUAGUGCAUAUUUCGUUAA